CAGAGAAUGAGUGCCAAAUGUGUGGAGGCUGGUUCCCCCUAGAGGCAGUAUUCUCUGUCCUUUACCCCUCAAAGAUUACUUGACCCUCAUCUUGUUUGAAUCUACAGCAUGUUUGCCAAAUGCCCUCAGCUGGCAGCAAAACAACAAAUUAACAUGGGCAUCCUUAUAGGUUUGAAUGGGGAAACAGAGCCAUUGGACAGCCAGACUUAACACAGAAAACAACUAUUACAAAGGGAGAAAGUUUCAUCUUAUAUCAUUCAGACAAAGCCCACAGACUCACAACUUCAAACAGACAAUUGAAAGAAAAUUCAUCAUGGCUGCUACUAGCCGCUCUAUGGCAGUGUCCUCUAGAAAUGUCCAGGCCCUGGAGGACUACAGCAUGUACAAUAACAUGUCAGAUGAUGAUCUGAUGCAGCUGGCCAUUGAACGUAGCCUGAGUGAUAUCUGCAGCGCUUCCUCUGGCUUUCCACAACCCGCAACACAGAGGUCAUCCUAUUCACAUCCUGCAGCAAAUCAAUCGGUGCCCUCGGAAGAUGGAGCCGUGCCAGCAUUUCAACAGGGGCAAGUUCAUUCCAGGUCUCGGACACAAGCAGCUGUACCUGCUCAGAACAUCCCUCCCUGUACCAACCCAUGGCGAUCUGUCAAUCUCCUCAGAGAGGGUGGAGACGAGACAGAUAGCGAUGAAGAGGAUGGACUGAGAACACUCUCUUGGACAGGAACUGGUUCAGGACUGGAAGUUACAGUGACACGUGUAAAGGACAUGACUGCUCUAAAUGCAGCCAUCUUUAGGAAUGAUGCCCCAAAAGUUCUUGAAAUAUUGCACAAAGAGCCAUACGACAUUAUAUGUGCACCAAACGAGGAUGGCUGGAUUCAUCUGCACUUGGCCGCACUCUGUGGUUUUUUGGAAUGUUUGACAGUGCUACUAAAAGCUUUUCCUGACCUAAUCAACAAGUGUACCAACACACGCCAUACCCCUCUAAGUCUGGCAGUGGAAUGUAAACAUCUGUUAUGUACCCAGAGUCUUCUUCAGGCAGGAGCAAAUCCCAAUAUAGCCAACGACGCAGGAGAAACACCUCUCUACAGAGCUUGUGAACAUGCAACUGAGGAAAUGGUGGGACUCCUCCUGAUGUUCGGAGCCAAGGUCUCACAAGCCAGCCUUGAGGGAGUGACACCAUUACAUGAAGCAGUGCGAAACAAAAACAUUGUCUUGUGCAAACUUCUAGUGAGAGCUGGAGCAAACAUAAGAGCCAGGACCUGUUACGGCAGUGAACCACUCUUCAUGGCUGGCCAAACAGGAAACACAGAAGCACUGGAACUUCUCAUUAAACAUGGGGCCUAUAUUGACUGUCAAGCUAAUGACGGAGCAACGUCUUUGUAUGAAGCAUCCAAGAAUGGUCACGAGGAGGUGGUGAUGCUGCUUCUGUCUAAAAAUGCAGACGUGAACAGGAGAACUAAAGCAGGACUGACCCCUCUUCACAUUGCUGCAAAGAAUGGACAUUCUAGAGUUGUGUCUUUGCUGAUUCCACACACGAACAGAAGGGUGAUGGAAAAGAGUGCCAUUAGUCCACUUCACCUUGCAGCAGAGCACGACAGAGAGGAAGUCAUGGAUGUUCUCAUCAAUGCGGACUUUGAUGUCAACACGGUGCUGAAGUCUCGCAACUCCCAGAUUUGUGACGACAGGUGUCUUUCGGCCCUCCACUUCACUAUACGCAACAGCAACAUAGACGCAGCCUCCAUGCUGCUGGAGGCAGGUGCUGACCCCAAUCUGGAUAUUUUCAAUCCUCUGCUGGUAGCCGUGAGACAGGGAAAUAAAGAGAUGGUCUCUUUGCUGGUGAAGUACGGUGCCAAUGUGAAUGCUUGUGUGCCAACACACCCCACUACUUUUCCAGGGGCUCUGCUCUUUUGCAUGAAAUACACACCAAUGUUCAAGUUCCUGCUGGACAAUGGAUGUGAUGCCAACGCUUGUUUCUCAUGUGUUUAUGGAGACAACACACAUCCUCCAGUCCAAAGAAGGCAUGCUACGGAUGAGCUGGACUUGGAUCCUCAUAGCGAAACAACACAGUUCUGCGAGAUUAUAGCAGAUCCCCUUUACACCUAUUGGGUGGGACCUAUACUUGACCGUCUCCUUGACUACACUGGUUCUGUGAAACUGUGUUCUAGAAUCACAGAACUUCUUGAGAGCAACAAGGACUGGGAGCACAUCAAAGAAAAAUCAAGGCCACCCGCCUGCCUGAUGCACCUGUGCCGACUGAGGACCCGCCAGCUGGUAGGAUGGGAGAGAAUGAGAAAAAUGACCAGCCUUCCUCUGCCUGGACGACUCAUCAAGUACCUGCUCUACAUUGACAACGAGUCUGAAGACUUCCUUUCGCAUGUUUUUGACUAAAUAUAUCCUUAUUUGAUACAAAAUGCUGUCAGUCAAUUACCGGAAGGUUUCCACACAACAAAGCACCUCGUGAAUUUUGUUCUACCAAAUAGCAAUGGUUUAAAUUCAUCUCACCAGUGUGUACAACUACGUGUUGUGUUGUGACAUUUUUUCCCAGCAAAGUUGAAUGGUUUUGAGGAGAAAGGUUGGUUUUGACCUGGAAAUGUGAGUGUGUAAUAAUAAUACAUUCAGUGUGUAGUAAGUUUAACUUAAAUAACGCCUUCCUCAAACUCAAGGUCGCUUUACAGCGUCAAAGCAAAACAGACAGACCGGGGGGGGGGGGGG